AAAGUGUUUGAUGUAUAUCUUCGAUCAAAAUCAAUGGAUGAAUUAUGGUUCAUGUGGUGGUGACAUGUGAGAGGACAGUCGUGAUUGGUUGAUGGGGGUAUGCAACCCUGAUGGGCAAUCAUGUGACGCAAUCACAUGGCGGAGGGCGAAGCUCGUCUUCAGUUGUACGCAACAUCAUCAAGGACGACAAGACUUUCACGAUCUAACCAUGGCGUCGAUUGAGCAAUCGAAGGCGGGUAGUGACGGGGCAGCAUCAGCUGCGUCGACAGCGCCCAAAGUCUUUGUGCCGCUGGGUGAGUCUGGAUGCUCGAGGAAGGGCUGGGCUGUGGCAUAACUGACAUGGCGCGCAGAGAACAAUCCCGAAGUCAUGAGCGCCCUUCUACACAAGCUCGGACUUUCGUCGCAACUCGCCUUUCACGAUGUCUUCAGUAUUGACGAACCCGAACUACUCGCCUUCGUGCCCCGUCCGGCAAGCGCCCUACUCCUGGUCUUCCCAAUCAGCGACACGUAUGAAUCCUUCCGCCGCAGCGAGGACGGCGACAAGGCAGAGUACGAAGGCUCUGGUCCAAACGAGGAGGUUGUGUGGUACAAACAGACGAUUGGCAAUGCUUGCGGCUUGAUCGGUGUCCUCCAUGCCGUGAGUAAUGGUGCCGCCCGCGACUUCAUCACCCCCGAUUCCGACCUCGCAACACUUCUCCAAGACGCCAUCAAUCUCAAGCCUGCUCAACGCGCCGAUCUGCUAUACGAGUCACAAGCUCUCGAAAGCGCCCACCAAGCUGCCGCGACUGGCGGCGAUACCUCCGCUCCUGCCGCAGAGGACAAUGUUGACCUGCACUACGUCUGCUUUGUCAAGUCGGCCAACAAUCACCUGUGGGAAAUGGACGGUCGUCGCAAGGGUCCCCUCGACAGGGGUCUCUUGACUGUCGACGACGACGUCUUGAGCGACAAAGCUCUUGAUAUGGGUGUCCGUAGCUUCCUCAAACGAGAAGCUGAAGCUGGAGGCGGUGACUUGCGUUUCAGUCUUAUUGCACUCUCGCAGUCACUUGACUGAGGCAUAUAUCCGGAAAUAUCGGACACCAAAAGCUGAAAGCCCGAGGGCUGAAUUUCAUGCAAACGGCCACACGUAGCAGAUGCCUACAUGACUUUCAGGUGUUCUCAGGACAUGGUCUCACAUAGGGACUUUUAAGCUCCCUUAAGGUUGCUUUCGGCAAAUCUUCUUUUUCUCUUUCCUUUGCUCUAGUCUUUCCCCCUUUAUUGCCUUUGUUCUGUGCUUACUGCAAACGGGAUCUCUGUUGCCGAUCGGUAUCUGCAUGGAAAUGUGUUUAUUGAUGGAUGCAAGACGCGA